UGAAGAUAUAUUAAUGAAGAUGGCAGCAACAUUAACCAAAAUCUUGUUCAUUUCUUUUCUUUUCCUUUCAAGUGCAUUUCUUGCAAGAUCGGCAGAAGUUGAUGACGAGAGUGAGUUUAGUUACAAUGAAAAAAGCGAGAAUGGACCAGCUAACUGGGGCAGGAUUCAUCCAGAAUGGAGCACUUGCAAUACUGGAAAAUUGCAGUCUCCAAUUGACCUUCUUAACGAAAGGGUUGAAGUUGUAUCAGACCUGGGAAUUCUUCGCAAAUAUUACAAACCAUCCAAUGCCACUCUCUUAAAUAGAGGCCAUGAUAUGAUGUUGAGAUGGGAAGGUGAUGCAGGAUAUGUGAAGAUAAACGGAACUCAAUAUCAACUUAAACAAUGUCAUUGGCAUACACCUUCUGAACACACAAUCAAUGGAAAAAGAUUUAAUUUGGAGGCUCAUUUGGUACAUGAAAGCAGUGAUGGAAAGACUGCUGUCAUUGGAAUCAUCUACCAGAUUGGACGGCCUGAUUCCUUCUUAUCUAUGAUAGAGAAGGAUUUAAAAGCUCUUGCCAAUACAAAAGGUGUAGAGAGAGCCAUUGGAACAAUUGAUCCAAAGCAAAUAAAAAUGGAAGGCAAAAGAUAUUACAGAUAUAUUGGCUCCCUGACAACACCUCCCUGCACCGAAAAUGUUGUCUGGACUAUAGAUGGAAAGGUUAAAACUGUAACAAAAAGGCAAAUGAAAUUGAUCCGAGAUGCUGUUCAUGAUGAAUCUGAAACCAAUGCUAGACCAGCUCAGCUACUAAAUAGACGUCCUAUCAAAUUCUAUAAACCAGAACUGAAACCCUGAAAUACAAGCGAAUUGAUUAUGUAUCUAUAGUUUGAGAAAGCACACAUCGAUCACGGUCAUUAAAUAUAGCUGUCCGUUAAUGAUAAUCAAUAAUUUUCUUCAGAACUAGGACUAGAAAUGUUUUUUAUCACAGAUGAUUGUGUUAGUAUCUUCGUUAUUGUAUUUAUUCAUUGUAUCAUACUAAUAAAGUACUGUUGUGGAAGAGUUUGCUUAUCUUUGUGAGGCAUGGAGCCUCGAAUUUUGUCUGUAUGUGUUCCGGCAUCCGACAAGUAGAAUAUAAGCGUGUGUAAACACAUCAAUUUAUUGGUAAUUGACACCAAUUCCAUCGUCGUCAACUCUGAAAAUAACAGAGGAAACUUCAAAAUUUGACCCAAACUUGUUGGAUGACCCGGGCCCGUUUCUAAUAGAUGACAAAAGUUCAAUUCUUCCCCAUGUGCCAAAAACAUUUGAGUCCUCUAAAGAAUAUUCUUUCCUCAAGACAAAUAGAUCUUUUGGUCUUGAGAAAUACAUACUCAAUAACGUCGUCUUUUGGAUUUGAGUUGCAAUCUAGAGGAUGUAAGUUCCACAUGACUCUCUUACUUUCAAGAGCCUAAUCACAUUAAAGGUGCACAAAAUAAUCUAUAACAGAAAAAAAAAAAAAAAAGGAAGAAAAUUAAAUAAUCUAUUUUUGGUGAAAAAUUCAGCAUCUUAAUGGUAGCUGGGUACUAUAAUAUUUGAUUGAUCAGGGCAUUAAUUAUCUCAUCGUGACCAAAAUGACUAGAAACUUUACAGAGUUGGGAAACUUAGAAAUUACUCUC